AUGCGCCAGUUCAGCACCGCCGCCCUCCUGCUAGGCGCCCUGCAGCCGGCUCUCGCCGCUCCUUCGCCCGGCGAGCCUGAGCUCCCACGUGUUCUGUUAGACGGGACUCAAAACGCAAUCAUGUCCCAGUGGCUCACCUCCACCGAGGUUAUCAUCAACUUCUACGCCCCGGACCCUGGAUGCGGCUCUACAAAGGCCUGGGUCGGCGUCUGGCCUGUCGACGCCUGCAACCCUUACCACGCCGACUACAAGGCAUGGUCUCACGUGGAGCCUACCAGCGGUAGGGACUUGGCCAAAGUCACGUUCAAGGCCGCCGAGAUUGGUGUCGGCGAGUUCAAAGCUGCCUUUGUCUGCGAGGACGGCAGAAGACAGCCCUGGUUGGUCUCCGAAACCUUCAACAUUGACGCUGCACCUCCAGCCCGGACUGGCCAAUGUCUACACAGAAAGAAUACAUUCGAGCCGGAAUGGACGUUUACACCCUGCGAGAAGCUCUCCGAAACCGUUUGUUCUUUCUGCCAUUCCCAGAAUAGCUGCGAAAUAUGCAAUCAUUGCGAGAAGCAGUGCAAGUGA